AUGGACUCUGUAACGGAGACUCCGCAGUUUGAUAUUCCCCGACUUUGUAAAGCGGGGGUUGUUGUUAAUGAGGGGCCUGAGUUUCGAGUCGAGGUGCAGAUGGUUCCUGUGCCUGAACCUGGCCCCGAUGAUAUACUUAUUCGACUGAACUUUACCGGGCUUUGCUCUUCGGAUGUCCACCUCAUGCGUGGAGACCUAGGUUUGCCGCCCAUGUCAAAUUUUGGCGUGCGUUCACCUGGUCAUGAAGGCGCCGGCAUCGUGGUCAAGGUCGGCGCAAAUGUCAAGAACUUCAAGAUGGGUGAUAGAGCCGGAAUCAAGCCGAUCAGUGAUACAUGUGGAUCGUGUGCGAUGUGUUGGGACGAUAAGGAGACAUAUUGCAAGUCGGCGAUUCACACUGGCCUGAUGACAUCUGCCACGUACCAGCAAUACAUCGUCUCGCCCGCCCGAUAUGCAUCCCACAUUCCCCAUGGGGUUCCUGACGAAGUCGCCGCACCGAUAAUGUGCAGUGCAAGCACAAUGUACCGCUCACUCGUCGAAUCCAACCUUGGUGCCGGGUCAUGGGUCGUCUUCCCUGGUGGUGGCGGCGGCGUGGGCAUCCAAGGCGUACAACUCGCCAAGGCAAUGGGGAUGCGGCCAAUUGUUAUAGACACGGGCACCAUGAAGCACGAACUCUCCAUGCGGAUGGGGGCAGAGGCAUUCGUCGACUUCAAAGAGACAGAUGAUCCCUCAAAGGCCGUUAUUGAGAUAGCGGAUAGGAUUGGUGUUCACGGUGUCUUCGUCACUGCGCCCGCGGCGUAUAAGACUGCUAUCUCUUUUGUUGGAGACCGUGUGGGUGCCGUGGUGAUGUGCAUUGGACUUCCAACUGCCGGCUCAAUUGUUUUGGGGGCAGAUCCUUGUGAGUUCAUCUUCAAGAAUCUUAAUAUUAAGGGAACCUUAGUGGGUAGUCGCAGUGAUACGGCUGCAGCGUUGGAUUUUGCUAAGCGGGGGAUGCUGCAGCAGAUUUGUGAGAUUUAUCCUAUUAACAAGUUACCUGAGGGAGUUGAGAGACUGCGUAGGGGACAGGUCGCCGGGCGAAUUGUUGUUAACUUUAACUGGGAGGAUUAA